AGUGGGCGUGUGUGCUAGCAAGACAACUAGCUGCUACAUAUUAUAGCUCCGGCUCUAGAGCUCAGCUAGCUAAUAGCUUGCUGUUGCAGUGAUCAAAAUAAGCGAAGAGACAACCAUACAGAUAAGAGAAUUAGCUCCGGGUGCAGCAAAGGAACAAACAGCAGUCCACCGCGCCAGUGACAGAGAGAGGGAGAUGGACAUCUCCCAGCUGACGGCCAAGGAGCGACAGUCGGCCAGGAAGGAGCUGAUAAAGAUGAUCGACUCGUACAACAAGCAGCAAAAGAAGACGCGGCGGCCCUCCUUCCCGCUUUCCCCACCCUCACAGGAUCUAAUGUACAAGGGAGUAGUAAAGGUGACAUUCGACAGGGGCUACGCUGUGCAGACCAAGUCACUCCUAUUGGAGAGCACCACCACAGCUGGAGAGACGGUGGCCCAGCUGAUUGGGGGGAUGGGUCUGAGGGGCACACCAGCCGACUAUGCCCUGGAGGAGAGGAACAAACGAACUGGAGAGAUCCGUGUCCUGAGCGGACACGAGCUGCCUCUGAAACUCCAAGUGGACCGCGUCCAGAAGAAGCCGUACCUCGAACUGCGGCUCCUCCAGGUCCGAGACCCUCUCGCUCUGCCGAUGAUGUCAUCGAGAGUGGGCGGGGCAGCCGGGGGUGGGAUGAUGAGGACCGAUUCGGAGGACAGUCUGGAGGAAGACGGACACAACAUUGUACCUAAGGAAGAGGUGAUAGACCACGGGGUAGCCGGUGUGGAGAUGAUAAUGGAAGAGGCUCUACAGGACAUCCCACCUCUGGUGAAGGACAUUCAGGAGAGACUCAGAUGUACGUCACUCACAACCCCACACCAUUCAUUCAUUUGUAUCACUCUCUAUGAAGUCUAAUACAUUGAUGGCAUGACAUACACUGUGCUUUGGCAACACUGAAAUUAACAUUCUUAUUGGCAGAUUACUUUAUUAGCGUAAGUGAUUAAUUGUGUCCCUAUUAUGUGCAAGAAUCAAAUUAAUUUUUACACAUCGAGUACAUAAACGAAUGCCUUUACACU